GGUCAAUGUUAGCGCUUCCUUCAGUAUACGUUCAGCGAGACCGGCGCGCGCAUCCCGCGGCGCAUCCGUGCGAUAUCACACUCGCAUACUGAUCAUAGUGAACCGGCCAUACGGUUCAUAUAGAACCUGGGGGUGGUUCGACGAACUUUUUAAAUUAAGAAUCACGCCCUCACCGGCCAGUUGCGAAAUUGGCGCUUUUUUCGCAAGUGACAUUUGACAUUCGAAAUUCGAAUUGGACUGUGAAUUUUCCGGCCAGUUUCAUACUGACCUCUUGUUUGUGUUAAUUUUUGUACUGAGAACUCUCGUAAUCCUCAGCUUACACUUAUGAAUCAACGAAUCUCUCAAACCUUCAGAUAAUAACCGCUUGCGUCCAGUGUUUAAUCCGUUGGGACGUUUCACCGGCCGAUCGAUCACAGACUCUAUAUUCGUCGCCGACAUCUCUAACCGAUAAUCGAAGUGACGUCCCGUGUUUUUUUAAUUUCAAGAUCCCUCAUUAAAUGUGAUGGACGAGCGCGGUCGCAUUCUUCGAGAUUACUCAUUAUGAGAUGUUAACUCGUGAUCUGUGAGUGGAUAUUGUCUUUGACAGGCAGCUUAGAAAAAAGUACGACUGCAUUCGAUGUCAUAAUUUGAAAUUCGAAUAGGGAAAGAGAUAGAAACUCCUUGCUGCAUGCGGUUGCGAUGACAGACGAUUUGAUUUGAAUAAAGAACGAGUGACGUUUGCAAAUAUAUCAUAGACAAUGGAGACAUUAGUUCUCAUACCUCAGGAGUUGAGUUUGGCGCUGAGGCCUGGAGGAGCCCGGGGCAGGGAGGCUUCGGUCAGCGUGUGGUCGUCAGUGGAGAUGUCUCGAGGGGCGCUACUCUACCCCUUCCAGGGAACGAUAAGGAUUGACAAGCUCCAUGUUUACUCCUAUGUGCCAGACCAUGACGUCCGGCACAGGUUCGGUCUGUUCGACGAGGUGUGCGCGUCGGGCGGCGUGCAGGUGCGCCACUGCAACUGGGUGCGCUUCCUGCGUGUGUCCGAGAACUACGGGCCGCAGGUGAACCUCGUCUGCACGAUGGUGAAGGGCGAGCCGGUCUACGAGGCGGUGAAGCCGGUGUCGGCCCACACCGAGCUGGUGGUCUACUACCUGCCUGAGCGGCCCGAGGAGCUGUUCUUCGUCAGGAUGAGGAACAACCUGUAUAGGCAGACCAUGGACUCUAUAUUGGAAGACUCCCCCCUCGACCUGUCCACCUCCCUUCUCUCCCGCGUGCUGCUGCCCAUCUCCCCUCCAUCCGGGGCGGAGGACGAGCACAAGUCAGUAUCCGGGGACUCCCUGACGUCCUGCUCAGCAGGGUCUUCCAGCGAGCUACUAGACAGCACUCCGAAGAUACAGCGGCGGCCGGCUCGGUCAGAGCGCGCGCUGCUCCCGUGUGAAGUGUGUGGGAAGGCGUUUGACAGACCCUCGCUCCUGAAGCGGCAUAUGAGGACGCAUACAGGUGAAAAGCCCCACAUCUGCAUGGUCUGCAACAAGGGGUUCAGCACGUCGAGCAGCCUCAACACGCACCGGCGCAUCCACUCGGGAGAGAAGCCUCAUCAGUGCCAGCAUUGCGGGAAGCGGUUCACUGCCAGCUCUAACUUGUACUAUCAUCGGAUGACACAUAUUAAGGAGAAGCCACAUAAGUGCAGCCUUUGCUCGAAGUCGUUCCCGACGCCCGGAGACCUCAAGUCCCACAUGUACGUGCACAGCGGGUCGUGGCCGUACAAGUGUCAUAUCUGCUCGAGAGGAUUCUCGAAGCACACCAACCUGAAGAACCAUCUCUUUUUGCAUACUGCCAAACAUCAAAGGAACAGCGCAAGAGAAGCCACCUGAAAAUUAAAUGUUCUAUCGAAGUUGUAAAAUACAUAAAGUAUAAUUAUGUAAAACUAACUAAUCUUACGACUGAAAAUAUAUUGUAAUAUCAAAAAGCCUAAUGAGAAAAAAUAUCAUGAGUAUUGGCAGAUAAAUAGGCAGCAUUUUUUUAUAAAAUUUUAUUCUGCUGCUACAAUCACAAAAACGCUAAAAAAUAAUUAUAAUUAAUAAAAAAAGUUUUGCUUUCUAUGUAUCAAUCCUAAAAUAAUUAUUAUAUUAAUCUUAAGUAUUAUAAAAUAUAAGCUGCUGUACAAAUAUCUUGCCUAAUAUACAAAAAUGUGAUACUAGACUGUAAGUUAAAUGCCUAGGUAUACUAAUUUUAAGUGUUAAUUUAUUAUUCAUAUUUCAAUUUUCAGUUAAUAUGAUUACGGUUAAAUCUUUAUAUAAUAGAGACAUUUUUAAGUAUUUGUAAAUAAAAUUAAAGUUUAAGGUUUUUAUUUAUUAAUUAUAAAUGAAUUUGUUGUAAAUACGGUGUUAGUUUAGUGUCAACCAAACGUUUCUUUACGUAUAUAUUACGUAAAUAAUUACAAUACUGUACGGUAUUGUGUAAUAUGCUUACAAAUGUACGUAUAUUGUGAUUUCCGUCCGAACACAGUUAUUUAUGAAAUAAUCUAUUUAUAUUAAUUAAGAGUAAUUAUACUUACUAUUCAUAUAAAUAGAGGAAAACUAU